UUUGUUCAUGUGUUCUUUCAUUUUUUGACAGCGUACAAAAAAUUGUCUAAAAAUAGAACAAUUUAUACUCAAACCCCCAUUGGCCUUAGUUCAGUAUGGUAAAUUCGGAGUGCAGCCUUGAGUGACAAUGGCCAAUCAACCGCCCCCGACGACGACACCGCACAAGAAGAAGCGCAUCGAGCGGGACGAGAAUCGUGGCCAGUGGAAGUCCAAGACGGAGUUCAUUCUCUCGCUACUCGGCUAUGCCAUUGGCAUUGGCAAUGUCUGGCGAUUCCCCUAUCUGUGCUACCGCAGUGGCGGUGCCGCCUUUCUUAUCCCCUACAUGCUGAUGGUGAUACUAGCCGGUAUACCACUUUUCUAUAUGGAGCUCUUGAUCGGUCAGUUUUCGAGCACUGGGUGUACGGGCAUGUUCCGCAUGACGCCCCUGUUGAAGGGAACCGGAAUCGCUCAGGUGGUGGUGAAUGCCUACUGCGUGUGCUACUACUCGGUGAUUAUAUCGUACCCCAUCCGCAUGAUCUCCUACUGCUUCUUCAAAAAGGUGCCCUGGGAGGACUGCGACAACCCUUGGAAUACCGAUGACUGUGUGCCGCCCAAUGACUUGGGAAAGCAUAACCAUACUGAUGGAUUCAAAACUGCUGCCGACGAAUUCUUUCACCUGGAGGUGCUUAGGAUCUCAUCCGACAUCUCCGAUUUGGGUGGCAUGGUGUGGCAACAACUUGUGAGCCUGCUGAUCACCUGGAUUAUCGUUUACCUGUGCCUAAUGCGCGGAAUAAAGUCCGUGGGCAAGGUCGUGUACUUCACGGUGCCCUUUCCCUACGUUCUGCUGUUCAUCCUGUUCGUGAGAGGAGUCACACUGCCCGGGGCCUGGAUGGGCAUCAAGUUCUACCUGUAUCCCGAGUGGCAUCGCCUGCUGGACCUCAAGGUCUGGGCCGAUGCCGCCAUACAGAUGUUCUUCGGCUUGGGACCCGGCUGGGGUGGUAUCGUCAACAUGGCCAGCUUUAGCAAUUUCCGUAAUAAUGCCAAGUGCGACGCGGUAAUCAUAGUUUCGAUUAACGUGUUUACCAGCAUUUUUGCGGGCUUUGUGGUCUUUGCCGUGCUGGGCUUUCUCUCGGAAAAGUCGGGCAUUCCCGUGGAGACGGUGGCCACUGGUGGAGCGGGACUGGCGUUCGUGACCUAUCCGGAGGCCAUAGCCAUGCUGCCAGUGCCGCAACUCUGGGCACUCAUGUUCUUCGUUAUGCUUUUUCUACUGGGCAUCGACAGUGUGUUUGUACAACUGGAGGCUAUCAUGUCAUCGAUCUUGGAUGAGUGGCCUUGGAUAAGGCAGCACAAAUGGAAACUAACGCUGGCAUGUUGUUUCUUAUUUUUCGGCCUCUCAACUAUAAUGUGCACAAAUGGCGGCAUGUUUGUGCUCCAACUGUUCGACUGGUACUCCUCGGCGAUAGCCGUUAUUGUCAUAUGUCUGGUGGAAAUAAUUAUGGUGGCCUGGAUAUAUGGCAUUAAAAACUUCAUGCUGGAUAUCGAGUUUAUGCUCGGUAGAAAACCAAGUCUGUACUGGAGGAUCCUGUGGCAGAUCAUCACGCCCCUAGUCCUUAUCUUCAUUCUCAUUACCAGCAUUGUGUUUAUGAGGACGAUCACCUACAACAACGUUUCGUACCCCCAGUGGGCCGUUUUGAUCGGAUGGGCCAGUUUUGUGUCAUCAGUUAUUUGGAUACCGCUUUACAUAUUCUACAUCAUGAUCCGCAAGCGGGCCACCUUGUGCGAAAGCCUGAAGAAGCGCCUCAAGCCCCUGGAUUGGACGCCGGCGGAUCCGCAAGAUCGGGCGGACUACGAGGCCUUCCGGAGGCAGAGAAAAAUGCCGGGAUUUAUGUCUGAGACAGACAUGGAGAGCAUCAAGUAGAUUUUAUAAAUAUAUAUAUAUUUGUAAUAUUGCGA